UUCUAAAUAAAUAAAGCACAAUGAUAACGGUAAAACCAUCAUUUUUGUCAAUUAAAUGAUAGAAAACAUAAAUAUAAACUCGAACCCCUGCGCAGUGUUUGGGGUGAAAACAGAAACCUUUCCCACUUUCCCGAGGAAGAAUCCAAACUUACGAAGAAGCCAUGAUCAGCGUGCUCGCUCAGGAGCGCCUUCUUGGUGCAGCAUUGGGAAGCAUAUUCACAGGAGUUAUUGUUUUCGAGCAGCGCAAAUGCAUUUACAAAUCCAUUGCUGACACUCAAUCUCAAUUGGAUCCUCAAUCGCUGAAAACAGAGCCCAUAUUUGGAAAGAAAUCUCGUUUGGAGUUCGCCCACCUAUGGAACAAGACUGUGGACAAGACACUGGGACCUGUCAUUGCAGCUCUUAGUUCACGUGGAUGGUAGAAAUGUUUUGAAUAAUCUUACUGCCGAUAUGUGAACUUCCUUUCUAUUCCUGCAACCUGAAGCUCUUAGCUUGUAUCGGUGGUAGAAAUGUACAAAUAAGUUCACUUCCAAUAUAUUUCUACUUUAUACAA